AUCUUUCAUUUCAAAUAAGUCAUUUAUGUCGUAAUAAUAUAUUUCAGUGGAUUUCCAUAUUUAUAUUAUGGACCGAAUUUAGUUUUUCAUCUACCUUAUUCAUGCUUUAACAAAAAAGUAGCUAGUAGAUAACCCUAGCAAUAAAUAUGGCAAAAUAUAUAGCUCAAAUUAUAGUACUCGGUGCUCAAGUUGUUGGUCGGGCUUUUGCUAGAGCUUUGAAACAAGAAAUUGCUGCAUCUCAAGAAGCAGCGAAGAGAGCUGGUGGUGGGGAAGCUGGCGCCCGAAGAGCUGCAGCCAAUGCGUCAACCGGACUCACAUUAGAAGAAGCAAUGCAAAUAUUGAACCUAGAUAAACUAGAUCCAGAAAAAGUGAAAAAGAACUAUGAACAUUUGUUUUCCGCCAACGAUAAAGCGAAAGGGGGUUCUUUCUACUUACAAUCCAAGAUUGUGAGAGCUAAAGAGAGGAUAGACACAGAAUUUAAACAGAAGCAUCCUGACCCAGACCAGAGUAAAGCCAAAGACACAUCUUAAACUUUUUAGUGUAGUUAUCUUGGAUAGAGUAGUUUAGAACAAAUAUUGUUUUGUAAAAUAUUUUAUUGCAUAUAAAUGGAUACCACAAUAGUGACUAGAAUACAUCAGUCUUCAUUACAAUGCUGAUUAUGUUGUAAGUUAAAUAUACAAAAUUUAUGUUCACUCACAUAAUGCUUCUCGCAAACAACUAUAGCAUUAUAGAAAUCAAUAAAUUUUCCUAAGCAUAUGA